GUGAGUGAGUGAGUGUGUGAAGAUGGGGACUCUCCGUGGGCUGAAGGCUGUUCUGAUUGACAUCAGCGGGACACUGCAUGUGGACGACAAGGCCAUAUCAGGGGCCCCAGAGGCUCUGAGGCGGUUGCGCGAGGCUGCUCUUGCCGUGAGGUUCGUGACGAACACCACGAAGGAGAGCAAGCGCUCGCUCUGUGAACGGCUGCAGCGGCUGCGGUUCGAGCUGCGGGAGGAGGAGAUCUUCACGUCGCUGUCAGCGGCUCGGGAGCUGGUGGCGGCCAAAGGGCUGCGGCCACUCCUGCUGGUGUCUGACAGCGCUCUGGAGGACUUUCGGGGGCUGGACACUAAGGAGCCGAAUGCAGUGGUGGUUGGCCUGUCACCUCCUCACUUUGAUUACAACACAAUGAACAAGGCGUUCAGGUUGAUCCUGGACGGAGCUCCCCUCAUCGCUAUCCACAAGGCCCGUUAUUACCAGACAUCAGGGGGGCUGAGUCUGGGCCCGGGGCCCUUUGUCACGGGGCUGGAAUACGCUGCUGAUGUCCAGGCUACAGUUGUGGGCAAACCCCAGGCUUCCUUCUUCCAGAAGGCACUGCCCAGCACCGGCUGCCAACCUCACCAGGCCAUCAUGAUCGGUGACGACGCCAGGGAUGAUGUUGGGGGAGCCCAGAACGCUGGGAUGUUGGGUAUUUUAGUAAAGACAGGUAAAUACCGAGCUGGUGAUGAAGAGAAGAUCAGUCCUGGGCCUUACCUGACAUGUGAUUCCUUUCCUCAAGCUGUGGACCACAUCCUACAGCACUUGGUGUGAGCAAUCUCUCUCCCCACACCCCAACCCCGGAGAACUAAGCAUGUCCUGAGCCCAACCUGGAGUGGGGGGUGGAGGUGGUUAGAGAUCACUCGGACAAACCAAACUGUGCUUCCCACCCCCUCCCUAGCAUGUAACCGCCCCCUUUGCCCUCCCAACAAGUCUUGUUCCAAGAAAGUGCCCUGAGAGCUAUAUAAAGGGCCCUUUCUCCCCUGUGUGAAGGCCGCUAUAUAAAUGCAUAUUUAUAACCUCCGCUGCAAUGCGUCAUUUGCACCAGCACCUUGGUACCUCUGCCCCCCCCCCCCCCCAAGCCCACUCUCCCACACCCCCACACAGAACAGGGUCUCACUCCAUCCUUCCCUCUCCCACACAACCUAGAUUACAACUCCUAACCUCGUGUCGGUGUUUUGCCAAA